AUGCCCGAGAUCAACACCCUCCUGUUCGAUUGCGACAACACCCUCGUCCUCUCUGAGGAGCUUGCCUUCGAGGCUUGCGCUGGCCUCAUUAACGAGAUCUGCGAGGCUCGUCAAGUCGAGAUGCGCUUCACUGGCGAGACCCUCAUCAAGGAGUUUGUCGGUCAGAACUUCCGCGGCAUGCUCACCACCCUCCAGAAGAACUACAACAUCGAGAUCUCACCUGAGGACAUGGAGACCUAUGUUCGGAAGGAGGAGGACGCAGUAAUUGCCAAGCUCAAGGAAUCUCUCCGACCUUGUGUUGGUGUUGAUGAGCAGCUCGAGAAGCUUGCUGCUUCUGGCAAGUACACCAUGUCCGUGGUUUCUUCCUCUGCCCUCCGCCGUGUCCGUGCCUCCAUCGAGAAGGUCGGUCAGGACAAGUAUUUCCAGGGCGAUGUUGUCUUCUCUGCCGCCACAAGUCUCGAGAAGCCCACCAGCAAGCCUGAUCCCGCUAUCUACCUCCACGCUCUGGAGAAACUCGGCAAGAAGGCCGAAGAGGCUGUCGCUAUUGAGGACAGCAAGAGCGGCACUCUUAGUGGUACUCGGGCUGGUAUCAAGGUCAUUGGUUAUGUUGGCCCUUAUGCUGAAGACAAACAGCCCGAGAUGGAGAAGACUUUGACUGACGCUGGUGCUGUUGUCAUCAUGCGGCACUGGUCCGAGUUCCCUGCUGCUCUGCAGAAGAUUGAGGCAGGCGAGGUCUGA